CGGAAUAAAGCCUUGUGAAUGGUAACAAUUUUUCUACUGAAACGGUUGGAAAUUAAACCGAUUAGAAUAAGAAUCGAUUCAAACCGUAAAGCCGGCCGUUUCUACCUUUUAAGUGGGUUGUUAUCACUGCCAACUUAAGCUACACUCCAAAGGACCCAGAGGUCAAAGUCUUCUCUUUGGAACAUCCGAUUCCUCCGCUGAAAGCGUCAAACGCUAUGAAAUUUUAUUUCUUCUCUCGCACCAUUCACCACCACUACCACUACCACUACCACUACCGUCAGUUUUUCCAACAUGUCUACGCCGGCAGAAUACUAUCGUUCUUUGCCACCGGUGAGCAAGGCCUAUGGGGUGGCUUGUUUGAUGACCACAGCCGCUUACUAUCUGGAUCUUUAUAACAUCAGGAAUAUAGCUCUCUUUUAUGGAGAUGUGAUUAAACGUUUUCAGGUUUGGAGGCUGUUUACCAAUUUCUUCUUUCUUGGCCCAUUUUCAUUUCCCUUUGCAUUUCGUCUCAUAAUCAUAGCAAGAUAUGGGGUUUCUUUGGAGAGAGGACCUUUUGACAAGAGGAGUGCUGACUUUGUUUGGAUGUUCUUCUUUGGAGCACUUUCACUUCUUCUGAUGGCAGCUGUUCCAAUGCUCUGGUCUCCUUUCAUGGGAGUUUCUCUGGUUUUUAUGAUCGUCUAUGUCUGGGGACGUGAGUUCCCUAAUGCACGUAUCGACAUUUAUGGACUUGUGUCAUUGAAGGGAUUCUAUCUUCCCUGGGCAAUGCUGGCCCUGGAUCUGAUUUUUGGGAAUCCAUUGAAGCCAGACAUUCUGGGGAUGGUUGCUGGACAUCUUUAUUAUUUCCUGACAGUGCUUCAUCCUCUUUCUGGUGGAAGAUUCAUCCUCAGGACUCCUCUCUGGGUUCACAAACUGGUAGCAUUUUGGGGUGAAGGGACACAAGUAAAUGCCCCGGUGCAGCGUGAUCCUUCUGCAGGAGUUGCUUUCCGAGGAAGAAGCUACCGUCUCAAUGGCACCAGAGCCAGGCCUGCAGAAGAAUCUCAGGGAACCACUCCGGCCCAGCAGCCAAAUACCUCAGCUGACGGAGUGGCUUUUCAGGGAAGAAGUUAUCGUCUUGGAGGCCGUUAGGGACUUACUGUUGUAACCAAUAUUUUCUGCAUCAAAGUAUAAGUGCAAUUAAUCUUAAAUCAAAUAAUGUAUUAAUUACUACCAAUUAAGUUAUAUUCCUCUC